AUCAAUUUUAUGAUUGGUUCCGAAGGAACGUAAACAAAAUGGCGGGCGAGAGUGACACAACUGAUGGAUUAGAAUUUGCAAAUCCUCGUCCUGGUUGCAAUAUAAAUUUGUCAAGACUGAGAGAGCGCGUCAAAGAAUAUAUAGAUAAGCACCACUAUGACUCAGCACUGUUCUGGGCAGACAAAUUGGUUACACUGUCAAAUGGUUAUGUGGAGGACGUGUACUGGUAUGCCCAGACCCUCUACCACACAGGCCAGUACCACCGGGCAGCACACUGCAUCCUCAACAGGAAACUUCACAAGGAUCAUAUCUGUUGUCGUUACCUAGCUGCAAAAUGCCAUUUCGAGUGCCAUGAAUACCAGGAGGCGUUGUCGAUCGUAGACUUCACUGAUAACCCCCUUAUGCCAAUAAACAGACGCAUGUCGUUUGCCAACCAGAGCAUCAUAGAGCCUGAUGUGCUGCCACUGUCCAGUAAAAGUAUGGAGAGCUCAAUCAAUGUGCUGCGGGGCCGGAUCUAUGAAGCUAUGGACAACCGGACGCUGGCCAUGGAGUGUUUUCGGGAGGCUCUCAGACAGGACGUGUACUGCUACGAGGCGUUUGACCUUCUUGUCAACCACCACAUGCUCACCGCACAGGAAGAGCAUGAAUUGAUUGAUUCGCUGCCGUUCAACGCUCAGUGUCCAGCCGACGAGGUGGAACUAGUGAGGAGCUUGUAUGAAAACAGACUCAAAAAGUACGAUAAGCCUGAUGUAGCCAAGCUGCCUGACUGUCUAGAGGUGCUCAGUGACAACCUGGAUGUGAUUGUUAACGUGGCAGAGAGACAUUACUACAACUGCAACUUUAGAGAGUGCUACAAGAUCACCACCAAGAUUUUGAAUUCUGAUCCGUACAAUAGUACCUGCCUGCCAUUGCAUAUAGCGGUUAUGGUGGAGCUGAAGAAAACAAAUGGUUUAUUUUAUUUGGCCCACAAGCUAGUAGAUCUUUAUCCAAACAAACCAGUUUCCUGGUUUGCAGUUGGCUGCUACUAUCUUCUCCUUGACAACAAAGACCCAGCUAGACGAUAUCUCAGCAAGGCUACCACCCUGGAGAGGACAUAUGGCCCAGCCUGGCUUGCGUUCGGCCAUUCUUUUGCCAAGGGUAACGAGCAUGACCAGGCAAUGGCAGCCUACUUCACUGCUGCACAGCUCAUGAAAGGAUGCCACCUUCCUGCUCUGUACAUAGGCCUAGAGUACGGUCUCACCAACAACCCCAAGCUGGCAGAGAAGUUCUUCAGACAGGCACUGUCUAUCGCCAACCGGGACCCAUUUGUGUUGCAUGAGAUGGGCGUCAUUGCUUUCCAGAACUCGGAGUGGGACUCUGCAGAAGGUUUUUUCAAGGACGCCCUGCAGAUGAUACAGAACCUGAAAGGGCAGACAAACCUCACGGAGAAAUGGGAGCCACUGCUGAAUAACCUGGGGCACACAUGCAGGAAGUUGAAGAAGUACUCUGAAGCCCUUGAAUAUCACCAGCAGGCCCUGACACUUGAGCCCCAGAGUCCCUCCACGUACUCGGCUAUCGGCUAUGUGUACGCACUGCAGGGCAACAACUUCAGGGCAGUGGACUACUUCCACAAGGCCCUGUCCAUCCGUCGAGAUGAUGCCUUCUCUACCACCAUGCUGUCCAACUUGAUUGAGUCCCUGAUGACAGACCUGUCACCAGGGGAUGAUCUUGAAGACAGCCCUGUGUUCCCUGCGCCGAAGGGUGAAGGUCUCCGUAAGUUCUCACUGGAGGACGACUCGAAGGAGAGCAAUCUGCCGCCACCGCCAAUCAUGAGGCUCACGUCACGCCUUGACGAGUCCUCCGCCACGGAACUCUCGGGACUGGAGAGUAGCAGUCUGAUGAUUGAGGAAGUUGAGAUGGGCGACUGCGACUGAGAAAUUGGGCAUCGCUCUGGGAAAACCAGGCUUAAUGCAUAUGCGUCAAGUGCUGUCCACACAGGCUAAUCAGGGAUGGCACUUGCUGCCUAGACUGGGUUUUUGUUUACUAAAGACUUCCUUUAAAUGAAAAAUGCCGUAAAAGCAGAAAGUGUUGUCCCUGAUUAGCCUGUGCAGACUACUCAGGCUUAUAUGGGACGUCACUUUAUGCACAUGCAUUAAUCCCAGUUUUCCAAGAAUGAGGCUCAAUUAGGAAUUUUAAAUUACGGAACGAUUUACAUUAAGGAGCAACUGAUUAACUGCUUACAGUGACUGAUUUAUUUAUAAUGAACAGUCGUAUAUUGUAUACAAUUUCUGCGUUGUUGCAUGGAGAAUCAGAUAGAAAUGGAGGUAUUUGACUGACAAAUUUGUAACAAGUAGUAGAAACAAAUCAUUUUUUAUAGGAACAAGAUGAAUAUAGGGGUUGAAAUAUGUGAUUGCUUCUGAACAAUUUCUAGUUAAGACAACAUAUUUACUAUAAAGUGUCUUUUUGCCUGUCAAUGUUUUGUGAAUUAUGUGUAGGGAUUUAGCCUGACGAAAAAAGGGCAGGUGGGCCUGAAAAGUGGAAAGAACAACCUUUUGUUAAAUAUCAUAUGGUAAAUGUUUAACAUCGUGGGUCACUUAUUAGUGCUGCUUCCACUUCAGUUCUUAUAUUCAAUCAUCCAUGUAGCAUAUAAAUCAAUAAGGUAUAUUCUGUAUUAAAAAUAAUUUGAUGUUAAUAUCAAGUAAAGUGUGUUACUUUAUGAAAUAGUAAACAAUCAAUACUAAUAUAUUAGAUGUGUGUGUAUUUUCAAACAUAUUGACCAAUGAAAAAGGGACAUUUUAAAAUGGGGUGGGGCAUUAAAAUGUUAAGGGGUUGGCAAUGUAUUUUUGAAUGUUUUAGCAUAAAAGCAAUUCGCAUUAGAUAAAUCCAUGAAAUGGUGUUGCAGCUCAAUUUUGAGGAGCAUUUCACUGCUAAUUAAAGUCAUUUUAUUAUUAAGGGGGGUGGCAAAAAUUGUGACAUCUGUUUAAAAGUGGUAAUUAAUAAAAACUGCAUUUUGGGAGAUAUAAAUUCAAGCAUGGUAGAAGGUAGUAUUUAAAUGACCAGCUUGAGCUUUCUGUACUUAGUUAAGGCAUAUGAGUAAACAUAAACAACUUAAAUGCCAAAUCAAUAAAGUUUUUGUUGUUAAAAUUACACUUUUAGAAGUCAUGUUCAGUAUCUGUGUAUAUUGUCAUCAUGACUAUGGUAUAUCAAGCUUUAAAUCAGAAACAUAAUAGUUUUCCCAAUGCUUGUUAUUUAUUAUGUAUAAAUAUGAAAAAAACA